GUGGCUUGCAACCUCGCCACCUCCAACACAUGAGCAUGGAAGCUUUCUAUGACCUCUACAAGUUAUGGUGCAAUGGGAAUGGUUCUGAGGAAGGUGAAGUUGCCAAAAAUCGUUGCUUCGCUCAGGUUUAUGAGGAAAGUCGGAAGUGCACCCUUCAACAUGAACGGGACCAGUUGGAACAAGCCCAGGGCCUUCACAUCAAGAAUGUGAGAAUGUACCGACAGACCCAGGUAGUGGAAAGCUACUUUGUCUUGGAGCCCGAUGUUCCCAAAGACUCGUCGACGGAAGUUAGCUGUAUCUUGAGGGCCCUGGAUCAGGCCCGGGAGAUCCUGGAAUCUCGUGGUGUGGCAAUGCCAGAACAUCUGAUCAUAGAGGUCAAACCAUCCCGGAAUCGUGAGUUGCGAGCGGAGCUGUUGACUGGUAGCUUGAACUGGAAGGAAUACUACCAGCAGUAUGAUAUCUACAUGAGUGGACUGGACCUGCCCCUCUAUGAUGACAAGACUGGAGAUUCAUGGGCACCAAUGGAGAUCCCUGGUGAAGAUUAUCCACAUGAUGGAGCAGAUUGCAUCCUGCUACUGAAGCACCUUGUGAACUCAGAGAGCCUGUCACAGCAACCAUUGACCCUCCUUCCAUCAAGUUUUGCUGCGAAGUUGGUCAAACCUUUGGUGUCGCUCCCCCGAAAUCUCCUAUCUGAUCGAGCCCAGAAGGAGUGGGAACGUUUUGCUCCUGGGCCAGUGCAAGCAGUUGCAGUUGCCCCAGAAAAGAAACCCAAGUUGGAUGAAGCUGGCAACCCUAUCAAGAAGAGGAGAGGACGCCAACUUAAAGAUCCCAAUGCCGCCCCAAAGAAGGGAGGUGACGUCUUUGCUGACCAGUCUGAAGUUGUCAGCCUUGCGAUGCCACCUCAGGAGCCCGAGCCAAUGGCCAUUGAUUCUGAGGCUGCCCCUUCACCCCCAUCAAGGGCCACCUUUGCUGGGAGAACCCGACUUGGUUCCGAGGAAUUCCAAACACAGUGGGAUACCAGGAGGGACAUGUAUUACAAGAUGGUGCCCACAGAAUUUUGGAAAGAUCCUCUUGAACGUCAGUUCUGGUCCAUGUGUACCUCCAUUGGUGAUAUCCAUGAGGCCAUGAAGAAGUUCCUUGAGAAGAUGGGUGUGUCCAAGCAACCAGCUCCAUCUCCCAAAGCUGCUGCCAAGGCGCAUGCGAAGGCCAAAGCAAGUCAGAAGAAGCCUGCUGCAGCAAAGGUUCCUGGUCGUGGCCGAGCACGAGGAAGGACUGGACGUGGCAAGAAGGUGGCAUGCAGGUAG